UUUGUACAGGAUGCCUACAAGGAAAUCCUUCAGAUGUACUGGGAGAAGGCAACGAGAUUUGUGAAUGCCCAGUGUGAUGGAUUUGAACCCUGGCAGCUGGUUGGGCUGACCUUUUCUUCUACACUUCUAAGUGUCUGGCUCCAUGGCUUCCUCUUCCAGUCUGAGAGUUUAACAUCCCGAAGUAAAAAGCAAUUCUUUAAACUCCUGAGGAAGAUGCCAUUUGUUGGAGCCAUUAUUCAAAAGAAAAUUGAUGAUGCCUUGAAUGAUGUCACUUCCAGUUUAUCCUUCCUGAAAGGUGAAAAGGAUUAUAUCAAAGCCCUGCCAGAACAAGGCCUGAGCCAGCCUAAAGUGCUGGAGAAGAUGAAAGAGUACAGCUCCAAAGGAGAUGUACGCUGGCAGGAUGGGAAAGUCUCUGGGACUGUGUACAGUGGAGAAGAGAAGCUCACCCAUCUCCUAGUGAAGGUGUAUGAAGAGUUUGCCUGGAGUAAUCCUCUCCAUCCAGAUAUAUUCCCUGGCUUGAGGAAGAUGGAAGCAGAAGUAGUGAGGAUUGCAUGUACGCUCUUCCAUGGAGGCCCCGACUCUUGUGGUGCUAUGACAUCUGGAGGGACUGAGAGCAUCCUGAUGGCCUGCAAGGCCUACCGAGACCUGGCUUAUGAGAGAGGCAUCAAACAGCCAGAAAUGCUGGUCCCGGUGAGCGCCCACGCAGCCUUCGACAAGGCAGCACACUACUUUGGGCUGAAGCUGGUUCACAUACCAUUGACCAAGGCUAUGGAAGUGGAUGUGCAGGCAAUGAGGAGAGCCAUCUCGAGGAACACAGCCAUGCUGGUCUGCUCUGCUCCCCAGUUCCCACAUGGAAUUAUGGACCCCAUUGAUGAAGUGGCAGAGCUUGCAGUGAAGUACAAAAUCCCCUUCCAUGUGGAUGCCUGCCUGGGAGGCUUUCUGAUUGCUUUCAUGGACAAGGCAGGGUUCCCUCUGAAGCGUCCCUUUGACUUCCGAGUGAGAGGGGUCACCAGCAUUUCUGCUGACACCCACAAGUAUGGCUAUGCUCCCAAGGGCUCCUCCGUGGUGCUGUACAGUGACAAGAAGUACAGGAGCUACCAGUUCUUCAUAGCACCUGACUGGCAAGGGGGCAUAUAUGCCUCCCCCUCCGUGGCAGGCUCCAGGCCUGGUGGCAUCAUAGCUGCUUGCUGGGCAACCCUGAUGCACAUAGGAGAGUCAGGCUACGUGGAGGCCACGAAGAGGAUCAUCAAAACAGCUCGUUUCCUUGAAUCAGAGCUGAGAAAAAUUGACAGCAUCUUCAUCUUGGGCAAGCCUGAGGUGUCUGUCCUCUCCAUCGGCUCGGACACUUUCGACAUCUAUCGGUUAUCGAAUUUCUUAGCUGCCAAAGGAUGGAACUUAAAUGUUCUGCAGUUCCCAUCAAGCAUUCACCUCUGCAUCACGCAGCUGCACACCAAGCCCGGCGUGGCCGAGCGCUUCCUGCAGGACGUCAGGGACAGCAUCGCAGAUAUCAUGAAGGACCUCCAUGCCAAGACCACAGGCAUGGGAGCUAUCUAUGGAAUGGCUCAGUCCGUCCCAGACAGGAGUUUGGUAGCGGAGAUCUCUCAGGCCUACCUGGAUGGCCUCUACAGCACGGAUGUUCCUUGCAGUGAGAAGCACAUGAACGGCUCUCCUGGCCACCACUGA